AUGGCGAGAAGACCAGCUAGAUGUUACAGAUACCAAAAGAACAAGCCUUACCCAAAGUCUAGAUACAACAGAGCUGUUCCAGACUCCAAGAUCAGAAUCUAUGACUUGGGUAAGAAGAAGGCCACUGUCGAUGAGUUCCCAUUGUGUGUCCACUUGGUUUCCAACGAAUUGGAACAAUUGUCUUCUGAAGCUCUAGAAGCUGCCCGUAUCUGUGCUAACAAGUACAUUACCAAAAUCUCGGGUAGAGACUCUUUCCACUUGAGAGUUAGAGUGCACCCAUUCCACGUUUUGAGAAUUAACAAAAUGUUGUCGUGUGCCGGUGCAGACAGACUGCAACAAGGUAUGAGAAACGCUUGGGGUAAGCCUCACGGUUUGGCCGCUCGUGUUGCCAUUGGCCAGAUUAUCUUCUCUGUCAGAACCAGAGACUCCAACAAGGACGUCUGUAUUGAAGGUUUGAGAAGAGCCAGAUACAAGUUCCCAGGUCAACAAAAGAUCAUCAUCUCCAAGAAGUGGGGUUUUACCAACUUGAACAGAAACGAGUACGUCAGAAGAAGAGAUGCUGGUGAGGUCAAGGACGAUGGUGCUUUUGUCAAGUUUUUGUCCAAGAAGGGUUCUUUGGAAGACAACGUCAGAGAAUUCCCAGAGUACUUCUCUGCUCAGGCUUAA